AUGGCAGCCCGCCAGAAGCUGCGCAUCCUCUGCUUUGGGGACAGUCUUACAGCAGGCUAUUCCUACCUAGGCUCCGCCUACCACCCGUACCAUUUCAAGAUGGACCAGAUGCUGGCGAUGGCCUUUCCCGACUACGAAAUAACCACCGUCGAGCGGGGGAAGUGCGGGGAUAUGGUCAGGAAUGGGUUUCUGACGAGGAUGCAGGAGUGCUUCCCGCCUGCUAAAAAGGACGAUAAGCCUCCGUUUGACUGGGUGAUUGUUUUGGGAGGCACAAACGACAUCGCGUUUAGAGUACCACCGCAGGAAAUCUUCAAGAAGUUGACUGAGGUCUGGGAUAUACCGCUUCGACGUGGAUGUAAAGUCCUGGCCCUAACAGUCCCCGAUGUGGUGGGCGACAGCAAAUUCAAGAUGAGGGGCGACGCGGAUAGGAAAGUGCUCAACGAGCUGAUCAUGGGUUACAAGAAGCCUAACUUGCACGUAUACGAUCUCCACGAUGCUAUCAGCUUGACGAAGAUGUCCUCGACAGACAGGAAGACUUACAGGGACGACCAAAUCCAUUUCACCCCAGAGGGCUAUGACCUGAUCGGUAACAAAGUGGGCAUGGCCUUGGUGAGCUUACUGGUUAAGCAGAGGGUGGCGGAUCUUCCUCCCGCAAAGAGACGGCGGAUAUUCAAGAACGAUGACAAGCUCUUUGAGGAGGAGACCGGCAACCCAGAGAGCCUCGACGGGGGCUAUGUCGUGGUUCGGCGAACCGAUCUGGACUAG